AUGAUGGUUAUUGGCGCCAAGUACAGCCAUCUCCGCCACACGCGCAGGUUUUCCAUCGUGGUGCUCGACCGCGCGCGGCUCAACCUGUUCAAGGCCAUCGAGGCCGACAACAGGCUCAUUCGUGACCUGCAGGUCGUGUACUCCGUAGCGCUCAUGUGCUACACGGGCUUGUGGUGCGGCAACAAGCGCGCGUUCGAGAUUGCGGAGAGCCUUCGCGGGACUCUCCGAGUCUGCGAGGCGACUUCGAUGGUUCGUGUACUCGCUGGAUGGGCAAUUCCCGCCCUGCUCAACCUCAAGAGCAUGUUCCACCCUUCCGAGGUAGCCGCGCUCGAGUGUCCCUGCGAUGACAAGUACUGGAUGGCACCCACGGCGAGAGUGUGGCGCGGCUUGCUAGGGUCCGCCUCGCUGCCGCCGACGCCUGCUUUUGCGGUUGCACUUGCCCCGUUUUCGAUUUUGCUUGAAGCUGCAUCGCGUGCGGAUCAGGCGGUAGGAGUGGCGUCUACUCCUGUGCUCGACCUCAACCCGUGGAGCGCGUUCUUGGUACUGCUUACUCUCUCGAGCGCUGCCAUGGACUGGUCUCAGAGCUGGGCCCUCGCUGUGGCGAUACGGGAGGAGACUACGGAGGAGUUCGAGCUAGGUAGAGCGCAUGUGGAUGGCUGUGGAUUUCGGGAACUGGUUUCUCUCCUGGAGAAGAGAGACAAUAUUCGAGACGCUUGGGGCGCCCACUUUACGAAAACCGGGGAACCCUACCAGCCGCCAGGAACCGGGGCAUACUAUAGCGAGGCGUCCUCGCUGCUCCUGAAGCUGUCCCAAAUGUGCCUUUACGUCCAGGUGACGGACCUGCAGGACGUGCUUGGUAAAAGCGGACCCAAGGGGCUCACCGCUGCAAUGGGUCGACUAGGCAAAUGGACUACCGCCGCGGAUCGAGAGAAGAGAUCUGAUGCGGGUGUCAUACCCUCUGCCGUGCUGGCUGUGGACAUCAUCUCGCUCGCUUCCCGCACCGGCGCGACCGAGACGGCGGCGCCGUACAAUGAGGUGGCUACCUUUUUGUCUCACGUCCUCUUGUGGGUCUUUGUCACUACGGCGACGCCAAUCCAACACCAGCAGCUGCUCGAGAAGCUGAGAUGCUCCGGGAGGGACGGGCAGUUGAUUUUGGUGCUGGAAACCGCGAUGAGCCCUGGUGAUGGACAGCACAAGGCUAGGUCGUACUUUGUUCUGAAGCAUGCGGCUCAUUCGCUUGCGAAAAUGGGGACUUGGGGACCGUGGGUCAGGGGCUUAGCAUCUGUGAAUAUCUAA